UAAAACAGAAGCAAGAGACGGAACAUCAUUCCAAGAGACGAUGGACAUUUGGCAAACAGCUGAUUAUGGCAGUCUUCCUGGUAAACCACUGCAAGUUUAAUGGCUGUGGAUUGUCCUUUCCUAACCUUCUAGAGCUCAUCCAGCACAUCGAGGACACACAUAUAGAAACCAUCACAGACCCAGCCAAGGAAGCCGUGCAGGAGACUCAGCAGCCGUCAUGCCUCCCACUCUCGACAGUGCUAAGGUUUUUCAGCCCCGGUGCCCCCAGAACCCUAUCCAGGAAGCACCCCCUCAGCAGCAAGGCUCUUGGUGGCCCCCUAACCAAGGUACAGAAGCUCUCUCACACCAAAAAUGCUUCUUCAUCUUAUAGCAAAACCACAAAUGGCAAGUCUCCGCCCUCCAGCCACUCCCCCACCUCAGGGACGGCACUCCACCUCACCUCCACCCUCAUCUCCUCGGCAAAGCCAAGCGUCGUCUCGAGUCUGGCCAGCUCGAACGGCAGAGGCUCAAGCAUUGGAGGCUCCAGCGUGGGCACCCCGUCCUCCACUCGUGAGAGCACUCCUGUCAGCGCUGUCAGUAACAGCCCCCCAGUGAGUGAUGGUGAGGAGACACUUCAGAGUGAGAAUGAGGACAGCAAUGACUCAUGGACCACGCAAGACGAAAUCCCUGCAGAGCUGAUCAUUAAGCUGGCCAGCAAAGGCCACACUGGCAGCAACAAUGAGGACAAGCCUUACGUCUGCCCUGUGGUGGGGUGUCGGAAGAGGUACAAAAAUAUAAAUGGAAUAAAAUACCAUGCCAAGAAUGCACAUAAGAAAGACAGCAAAGUGAGGAAGCCAUACCGGUGCUACUGUGGUAAGAGUUACUGCACCAAUCAAGGCCUCAAGAACCACUGUGCCCACACCCACAAGAGCGAGAACAUGACAGCCGUCACCACCAACACAGGAGAGGUGCUGCAGGUGCCUGCCACCCAACUGUCCUCCACCACCAAAACAGCAGUCACUCGGUCCUCAGAGAGUGAUGGAACUCUUGUUGAAAUGAGUGGGAAUGGCUCAAGCCCUGGCCAGAUCACUGUUACAGGACAGAUCAUCAAAGGAGGCUCGACUGUGGCCUCGAAAGGUGCUGCCACUACCACCACCACCAUCUCCAGCAUUAACUUGACAGGCCUCAUUGCAGCCAGUGGAGGAAAGAUUGCCCUUAAGGCUCUCCCUAAUGGUCAACUGCUUUUCUCUCAGCCCCUCGAGGGAAAGAUUGCUGCACUAGUGAAGUCUGAUCCAGACCGUGAUCCCUGCAGUGAGGACGGGAAAGGAAGUCUUGUUCAGCUCAAGACUGAUGGAAUGCAGCCGCUGGAACUCAGCAAACUCCUCCAGGGUAGUGUCAAAUCCUCCCAGCACCAAUUAGCUGUGACUACCUCCACCAUCUCAGUGGCCAUCCCAGCAAGCACACUGAACUCUCUCAAACAUUCUCAGAGGAUGGGGCUUGCUUCCUCUGCCAUGCUGGCUAGGGCACUCAAGAGCCAGCUUACCUCUGCCCCUGCCAACCUGCCUUCAUUGCUGGGAUCAGUGGAAGGCCAGAGAGAGGGUGGAGUGGUGGGAGGACAGAGUGUUAUUCUAGGGGUGACUAUGGAGGAAGGCACUCUGCUGGACAAUGGUGAUGGCACACUAUCUGAACUGUCUGUUAUUGAGUAGAGUGAGAGCCACAAUGGGAAGGAUGCUGGUGGGUAGUGUGUGUGAUGAAGUGUAUUGCAAUUGGGCAUGUAUGACAGUAAGAGGAGAGCUUCAUUAUCUUAGACUUGGCUGCACUGGAUGCAGGGAGCUCUCAGGGACAGUAACCAUGGACUAGACUAGUGGUGGGUAGGGGAGGAGGAGUUGAACACAAGAGAUGGCCCCACUCCUUAGUUUUGCAUAAUAUCUAGUCCAGUCUGAAUAUCAAAUAAGAAGCCUUAGAACAUUACAUUGUUUCACAGCUUCCUCAGCCUAUUUUAUCAUAGGUGUUGUGUCUUGUAAACACUUUGGGUCACACAGUAAGUGUUCUCCACUAGGAGCUCUACAGUACCUGGAAAUUCACUAUUAUCUCCAUCCACAUUUUGCAUGUAAGUAUACAGUUGUAUUAAUCAUUAGAGGAUGUUUUGUACCAUACAUGUAAAUACUGUCCAUUUAGAGUAAUUUACACCAUGUUGAGUGUCUUAGUCGUAGCAAGCAUUAGACAGUGAAGCUAAGGCAGUGAAUGAGUACUUGAUAUGCAUUCCAAUAAGUUGUACUUCUGUUAGGGAAAAAUGUGGCUGCAAAUGAUGUUUACAUCAAUAUUUUGGGCGUGUGAGACUAGUAGUGUCUUGUCUUAUGUUUAUCAGUUCACAGCUUUAUGUGGUAAAGAAGAUUACAGUACCCUCCCGAGUUUAGCACUUGCUUCGUUCCGAAGGGAUAGUGCUAAACUCGAGGAUCGCGAAACUCUGGGUAUUGAAAACACUGAAAAAGCGCUUAUUUGUUCCGACCCGUGGAGAAGCUGACUAUUUUUCCCACUUUACUCCCUUGUUAUCUUAAAAUAUGUACCUUGAAAAAAGGAAGAAAAUGGGAAGAGAGAACGGGUCGUUUGAAGUCACAGUUGUUAAGGCGGCUGCCUUGCGAUUGGCUGAGUUCUGAAAACACGUUUGUGAUUCGCUGGGAGUCCGAUGAUGUCAUUGCCGGCGCUCACUCAAUCAGUGGCCUCACUGCCGUAACCCGUACCGUGUCAUCUUUUGUCAUAGAGAGGGGUCAUGCCAUGUUGCACUUAAAAUGUAAAAAAAAUUACAAAUUAUUUCAUACAUAUUUUUUAUAUGUGAGGAAUGGAAGCGCGGCUACACUAGAGUGUUCAUCCUCUUAUUUUUCUCUGUCUCAAAGCUAACGAUGUCAUACCAGGAAAGGGAAAUUUAUCUUAAAAUUUUUUAGAGCCUAUAUUCUUUCCAUUAUAAACACUUUUCACAACCCUAAAGUGUGAGUUAAUGUAUAAGUACUUCUUUACAUCACAAAAACCUAAAAAAAUUAACAGGAAUUGUAAGUACAAGAAAUGGUUGGAUGCGCAUCAGGCAACACCACUCACUUCAAGGCCGUGUGUACUACAACCGUAGUUCUCAAAGCUCAACAUAAUACUAUGAAGCUUCCGACGAUCAGUUUUCAUUUCUGAUUACUCUGAACCGUAAUUUACAAUUCCACAUGCCUUACUGAUUGUAGAAUCAAGGAGUAAUUACCUAGAAGAAAGUAACUUACCUUCUUGUAUAAUGAUUUUUGUUGGUAUGCAGACAAAUGUACAGAAAGGCCCUUUAGCAUCCAUUUAAAAAUACGAAGACUUGUCAAAUUAUUCCUCUUUACUGUCAAUGAACAAUGUUACAUACACAAACAAAAAUAAAGGGCAUAUAAUCCUUCAAAAGAGCUUGCAUAUAUAUACGUACUAAAUACUUCCCUAAGAGGUACAUACAUGUACGUAGUAAACACUGUAUGGGUUAAGGCAGUGUCACACUGGCCGUUUUCCUCCAACUCGCGCCCAACUGGGAGCGAGUUGUCGGCUGUCCGUAAGCUGGUGUCACACCGCCUUUUUUUCCUCCCACCACGUUGGUGGCAGCUAGGCUAACCAGCAACUCCAACUUUUCCGGGUGUGCGUCACACACGGCCAAGGUCAGUUGGCCGUAUCCACAUCCACAAUGUAAACAAAGCGCUUGCCCUGUAUCAACAUGGCGUCAUCUGCUAAAGUAAGGGCUGUCGUGGCUUGUGCUGCCGUUACCCAAGUUAUGGACUUGUUGCUGCAGUUAAAUAGAAAGAAGAAGCAGUUGUGGGUGUGGCGUGCCUGUGGUUCCUCUGUGCCAGUUCUCAUUUUUACCACUGUGUGUGCGUGGCCAACCCACCCAUCUAGACUCCGACCACAUAAAUACGUGGAUCGAGUAACAACAAACACACACACACACACACACACACACACACACGACUCAUCAGGAACCAUGGCAGAUGUUUCUGACAAACGGAAAUGAUUUCUCCAUUUCCUAGAGUGUGUUAGAACUUAUUUGGUGAAUGGUUCUUACAAACCAAACAUUCCCAACGGCAAGAAGAGAGCAAUGUUAAAGACGACUGCUCUCUUCUUCCCAAGAGUUAGGUUUUGUUCAUGUGAGUCACUCACCCUAUACAUUCUAGCACACUCAAAGAAAUGGUGAAAUAAUUUCUGUUUAUCAGAAACAUCUGCCAUGGUUCAUGACGAGUCUGGUGUAUGCGUGCGUGUGUGUGUGUGUGUGUGUUCGUUGUUACUCGAUCCACAUGUUUAUGUGGUCAGAGUCUAGAUGGGUGGGUUGGCCGCACACGCGCAGUGGUGAAAAUGAGAACUUCUGGCACAGAGGAACCACAGGCAACCCACAUCCACAACCACUUCUUCUAUUUAACUGCAGCAACAAGUCCGUAACUUGGGUAGCGGCUUGUGGCAGCACAAGCUGCAACAGCCUUUACUUUAGCAAACGACGCCAUGUCAAUAUAGGGCAAGUGCUUUGUUUAUGUUGUAGAUGUGGAUACGGGCAACCAACCUUGGCCGUGUGUGAUGCACACCCUGAAAAGUUGGAGUUGCCGGUUGCCCUAGCUGCCGCCAACGCGGUGGGAGGAAAAAGGCCCAGUGUGACACCAGCUUACGGACAACCGACAACUUGCUCCCGAUUGGGUGUACAGGCGUUGCCUGUAGCCCCAACGGUUGGAGGAAAAUGGUCAGUGUGACACCGCCUUAAGGCGGUGAAGCCGCUGAUUGGGUGAACGCCAGCGAUGACGUCAUCGGACUCCCAACGAAUCACAAGCGUGUUUUCAGAACUGUCAGCCAAUCGUAAGGCAGCCACUUUCAACUGCAGCUUCAAAACGACCCAUUCUCUCUACCCAUUUUCUUAAUUUUUCCAAGGUAUGUAUUUUGAGACUACUUGGACAGGAGUUCCCCAACUCUGGGGGAAUUCUGGCUUCAUCAUAUAAUACGUCUCUCUCUUGACCAUAGCCCCAAUGUUUGGAGGAAAACGGCAAGUGUGACAGUACCUUUUAAGGCAGCGCAUAUGACGCCGAUGGUGAGUAGAUGUGACCCGUACACAUCAAAGCAGCGCGAAACUCAGGGUGAUAAUGUGCGAAAGUCGGGAUGGUAAGAAUUUAGGACUAACCGUGAGACUCGAGGAUCACGAAACUCGGGAGGGUACUGUAGUAUACUGAUGGCAAUGAGUGUGUUCAGUACUGAAUGGUGAUUGUGACAGGAGUCAGUAGUGCAUCCUUGGUAUGGGCUACUGUCCUGUCAGCCUCUUUGUUGGUGGCUGCUGCACUGGAGGCUGGCUGAAAAGCAGGUGUGUGUGUGUGUGUGUGUGUGUGUGUGUGUGUGUGUGUGUGUGUGUGUGUGUGUGUGUGUGUGUGUGUGUGUGUGUGUGUGUGUAUUUUACCACCACCAUGGUUUGAUCACGAGUUAGACUUGCAAUCACCAGCAAGUACCCUCCUGAUUAGAGCAAGGCUCAUUAAUCAAUUUCUGGGUACUGCCAGGACCUCACACACCACACACCCCAUCCCCAUUGCUCAAGGGGGGACAGUGACCACUCCUAGUAAGUGGAAAAAUCUCGGCCUGAGCGGGACUCUAACCUCUGCCUGCCAUGCCAUGAAGCCUGGCAGCGCAGCGCUUUAACCGACUGAGCUAUCUGAAUGGUGUGCAUGUGUCCGUGUGUAUGUGAGAGUUUGUGUGCUAUGUCUGUGUAUGCCUUCUUUUCCAGAUUUAUCAAAGGUUCAUGGAUACAGUGAGCAAUAAGUUUGUCUUGUUGCUCAGAAUGUCAGUGUUUGGAGUAGCUGUCUCAUUUCAGUGUGUAUCUGUAGGGUAUGUGCUUGUUGAUACAAAACUUAUUUGUGAGUCAUGUCAGUGAAUUGGUGUUUCAUGGGUAACUGGUAGUGAUAAGACAGUUUUUUUUAGAUAUAAUUAAAACUGAAAAGAGGUCGUAACUGCAUAAUUUAUUCAACUUUAGUGUGAAAUAGAAAAUGGAAAUAGAAAACAUGUUUUGUAAUAAUGAAACAAAAUAUUGAGGAGGUGAAAGACUUGCCUUGUCUGUUACAGGGUAUGUAGAUAUUGCUAAUGGCUAGGCACAGAAUGCCACAUAGCCAAGUGUAUAUCUGGUGUGUUCAGUCUUAUUGUAAGUGUUAUAGUCUAGGGGUUAAGACUAUUGUGUCAUUCUCCAGUGGCAAGUAUUUUUCCCUGGACAGGAGGGCAAGCUAGUACGAGGCCCGAAACUGCUGAAUAACUUAUAUACCUGUGUGCCUUAGUGAGCUUUUGAGUUACCACAGCUAUCAUUAUGCUUCUCACAUGUCUCCUCAAUUGACCAACAACCAUUUCUAUCACUGCAAGGUUAUCAGGCCCUGCAGUAAGCUCUUCUGUGACGAUUAGCUCACAUGUGCUAGGUGUUAGGCUCUAUAGUCUAUCGACUCUAACAUGAGCCCUGUGGCUUGGCCUGGGGAAACCCCCAUUGUUUACACAGCUAGCGAUGACCUGCGCAUGGUGAUGUCUCACUGUUAGUCUGUACAUUGUCUAUUUAUAGAAUAUAUAUAUAUAUAUAUAUAUAUAUAUAUAUAUAUAUAUAUAUAUAUAUAUAUAUAUAUAUAUAUAUAUAUAUAUAUAUAUAUAUAUAUAUAAUACAACUGCAUGGUGUUAUGAAUGGCUUGGGAUUUGAGGAAAAGACGACUCUGUAAACUUUUCAUUUCACUUGGCAACGUUGCCGCCUGAGGGACCUUGGCAACAGGCGCCAGGCUGAACCAAUCACCCUUCCGCCACCAUGGAAGACUCGCGUAGGUCUCACUCUCGUGUCCUGCACAGCCAAGCAAAAGAGAUUAUAUAUAAUGUAAAUAAGAGAGAGAGAGAGAGAGAUGUGGCAGCAGCACGGUCUCCCUGAGCUGCUCCUGAAGGCUCAAGAUGGAGUCGAUAGAGUAUAGUUGGGAUCUUCACCAAUAACGUGAUGCCACGUAAUGUAUUUUCCGCUCAUACAAAUGUACACAAACUUGGCUCACAAAUGAUCAAGAUUUGUUCUGCUCGACUUAUGUUGUCAUGUGUGUCUUUCUAUUGUUGUUGUUGUUUUAGGUGUUUUAUAUCUGUACAUACCUUGUUUACCUUGUAUAUGAAGAGUUUAUGUAAAUCUAGAGUCUUUACCAAUACUUUGUUAAUGACAAAAUACAUUUAAGAGUAUAUGCACUCACAAUAUGAUGUGGUUUUAAGAAAUUUUAUUUUUAAAAUAGACUUCCUUGGUGAUAUGUGUAACUCAGGCUUUUUAGUACAUCUUUUUAUAUUCUUGUUAUAUUUUAGUACUACUGCAGUAUUAUCUUAAAUAUUUAAGCCUUAAUAAUAUUUCAUCUUCAUAUUAAUUGCCUGUAAGAAUGGGUCUACUCACAUAAUUUAAAAAUUUCAUCCAAUAUAUAUUUAUGUAUUCCUUUGUUACACAUUGAACCUGCUUACUUUUUAAAAUCUUUCCAAAUGGACAUACUCCAGGUGGCAGUAAAAGUGAAAGUGUGUUUUCCUGAUUCUUCCUUCACAGUUAAUGUUAGAUAAAUCACAGGUUAGAGUCCUUCCUUCUGGGCAACAUUUUAUAUCAUUGACUUCUGAACUUAAUACAGCACACUGUUUUGGAACAAGUAAUCUUGUGUAAGCAGAACAAAAUCAGUGUUUUACGCUUUGAUUUUACAGUUUAAUGAUUAUGAGAUUUGUAGAGAAGGGAGAGUUUAAGCCAGUGAGUGUACCUGCCCAAGGGUUGGCACAUUUGUGAGGUGUGACUGAACCUUUGGAACACCUGCUUGGGGUGUAGGAGCUGCCAGGCCACAAAGUGGGUGUUUGCAGAUGUCUUGUGCCAAAGAUAUACUUUCUUGCCAUGAUAUUCCUAUGAUAGGUAAUAUUUCUUCCAUAGUGUAUUUUAUAUCAUGAUUUUCUUCAUAUUUAUCUCUAUGUAUCUGAAUAGUGAAAAUGGUAUUCACAUUUGCUGUGCCUGAUAGAUUACAUGACAAACUGAUGCUCCACAUACUUCUUUAUAUCAUGGCCUGCUAUUCCUUAUUUGUGUAAUAAAUUCAACUAUUCAAGUCACAGUAUCAAAUUUGUUGGCAUGGACUUUUUAGAUGAUUAUUAUCAGCAACAUUAAUGGUAUAUAUAUGGUUGACAGAGGUGUUAAACUUGGAGUGGACUGUUAAGUGUUGGCAAGGUCUGUGACCGUACUGUAAUACCUGUUGCCAUCCAUUUGUAACAGUUGUUUUGUAAGAGUCAAUGAUGCAUGCUGUCAGGCAGAGUGGGACACUUGAGGCUAGCAAGAGACACAAUGGGAUGUGCUAUGACAGGUAUGGUGUGUGUCCAGUGUCGUAAUUAUCUCAGACCAGUGCCAGGUGUUGGGUGUUGUUGCUCAGAACUUUGUGUAGUGUAGGGACAUCUUUCCCUGCUACCAACUCUUGUAAUGUUAUUUUUGUUAUGUUUAUUUGUUCUAUUUAAUAGUUAUUGUUAAUUUAGUAACAUUCUUGGUUCUAGUCAUUCUUAUGUGUAUGGCUUUAAUGUUUAAUAUUCUUGUUUGAAAUAAUUUCCAUGUGGUAUUAAGAUUCUUUAAAUAAAAAACACAAUUUC